GGAACAAACAGACAGACAGACAGAAAGACAGACAGACAAAAAUUUGAAAAGUCGUGUUUUUGUUAUAAGUACCGUAUAUACCUACUUUCAUAUGCAUAUAGUAAAAAGCUGUUAUUUCGACAUUACAAACAGACACUUCAAUUUUAUUUAUUUGUAUAGAUAUAUAUAUUACACAAUAAACACAACUUAUCAUUCAGUAUUUGAGGGAGACCUAAAAAAUUAGAGUAAUUUCUAAAUAUGAGUUCCGAUGUGGCCCUAACCGAGCACAGACAACACGCAAUAUCAAUGCUGCGUUUGGAAAGUAUACGACUAACGAACGCAUUGUCCGUUUCCAACCGACAUCAAAAAAGAGGUACUCAUAACUUUUUUCAUUGAACCGAUUUCGAUGAUUCUUUUUCAUUUGAAAGCUGGUGCUUUUCAUGUGGUGCCAUAUAAAUUUGAUCAAGGUUUGACCAGUAGUUUUUGAGUUAUUCUUAAUAAUUUAUAUUGAAGUCGGUGAUACAAAAUUUUUAAUAUUACUACUUGUUAGUUUGACGGUUGCGUAGCGUAGUGGCUUCGAAAUGAGUUGCAGCGCUGAGGGUCGCGAAUAUGAAUCCCGUUCGGAAUAAGUAUUUAUCAGAGCUCCGCUUAAAAUCAGCGCUGCUGCAGUACCUGUGCGAUAGCAUACGCUGAGUCGUAAUCCUUUUUGGCAUCUCGUCGCUCACGGAAAGUAUAGCGUAGAUUUUUUAUUUAUUUAUGUGUCCCUUAUCUUGUAUGUUUUCUGUUUACUUAUAAAUACCAUUUGAAUGUAUUGGUGCCAAUAAAACGUAUUUCUAUGUCUAUUUGUAUGGUUUACAAUAAUUGUUCUGGUUCUAGAUGUUUGUCCUUGUGAAAUUAGUGUGGGGGUAACGUUUUUAUGUAAAACUUUAAAGUAAAUAACGAUGAAUUGAAUGUACAUAAUGGUGUAAGUCGGUAUUUAACAAACAACUAAAAAAUUUGCUUGGUUUAACGUUGGAUUACUCAAAAAAUUAGCUCAUUUGUUAAAUUAGCACUAAAUUGGUAGAAUUAACUCUUGAAAUAGGUACCUCAGGAAUUAACAUAAUUGCCUUGCUUAUUGUGUAGGUACAGAAACGAAGGGAUUGUGGGUAAAAUUGUGACGUAUGGUAAAAAGAGAAUUCUCUACGAUAUUCGCAAGCGGAAAAGGCAAUGGCUGAAUUCAGGGUGAAGCUCGCCCAUUGAAAGUAUAGUUUAAUUAAUAGAAUUAGGGUUUUUUACGUGGUAGAGCCAUGCUGCAGCUAUAUUAGUAGUAUAGUUGUAGCACGAAUGGGUCGGCUCGACCGGGAAAGGACCACGCUCUCACAGAAUACCAGCGUGAAAUGGCAGCUUAACACUGCUGUGUUUCGUAUGGUACGUGAGUGUAGAGAACCAGAGACCCUUUUUACUGGAAACGAAGCAUUUCAUCUUAGUCCUCACGGGUGACAACGCAUCUGCAUUUUGAUUCUUUAUUGAGAAUAGGUGUAGAUGUCUAUGGGCCACAGCAACCACUUACCAUCAGGUGGACUGUGUACUCGUUUGUCACCUUAUCCUAUAAAAAAAGGUGUUACUUUGCGGAAAUCCAUUAUAUUAAAGCUGGUAAGAUGUGUCAUUUUAUUUAAUUGAGUGGAUGUUGGCAAAAUAUGUUUUUCCAACUUCACCAUAGUUUUUUAAGAUCUUAAAAACUACUACAAUUUUUUUUUAUGUUUGACUUUUCUGAAGUAAUGUUAUUCCUGUACGUUUAAGUACUGAUUCUAAUAACUCACUUAACGGCUACCACAGGGUUGCCUUACGUGUUGCACGUGUUGUAAAUCCGAUAUAAUAGAUUUUAAUCGCUAGUUUUUUUCACUUUGAUUUCACGGGAUAUCCGGUGUCAAUUUCUGAACAAAAUCGAAGUAAUAUCAAUGCUUCUCACCGUCCAGAACAUCGACUCAGAGGCCGGGAUUCGCCUACCCCCACUCGGACAGCGGUUAGAUAGUUCAAAAAACCUCAAGAGAGAGGACAUGAUAAUUUGUAACAAUACCAAAUCAUAAACCAACAUCAUCCUCACAUGAAGCUGUAAGAGCCUUAUACGAGCCUUAUAAGAGCUAACAGUACCAACAUCACAUAUACAAAUGUUUAUGAUAGAUACAAAUGUUUACCAGAAGUGUUCACUGCGGCAACGCGCACGCGCAUUCAGCGCCCAAAACAAAAGAAUGCCUGAACAGCAUAACGGGCCACGGGAACGCUUUCGCACACUUCCGCGGCCCCACCUGCGCUGGCACUCCUCCCCCAUCUCCUUCUCAGGUAAGGCGCACCAGAACACAUGGUGCGCCCUCCUCCUCGGCCUCCAAUUUCUAAUGCGCAACGGACGCCCCCGUGUCCGAUGCGCGAAGGCCAUGGGGCCAGGAAAAACUAGCACUCAGAAGCACCGGCCUUCCCGGCCCCAGCGGCGGAUCUGGUCUCGGGCUCCGCCGCCAACCAAGUUUCGGCCGCGGAGGGUAGGGAGAGCGGCGCCUCGCAAUACCGACACUCCUCUCCCCCCGCGGCCCCACCACCACCGCAUCAACGGUGCGGCCCCGUUUGAGUCGCGGAGGAUAGGGCGAGUGGCGCAUCGCCAUACCAACACUCCUCUUCCUCCGCGACUCCACCUCGGCUGCAGCGGUAGAGGGUGCGGACUCCCCUCUCACCGCAGCCCCCCGACACACAUCCGAAGUGGGCUUCCCAAGCCCACUCGGAGUGGCCACCUCGGGCCGGCCCUACACCACGGGCCAGCCAAGGGGUUCCUCUUUGUUCACCGUGGGUGACCAAGCCACGGCUACUAAGCCCCCCCGCCACGACAAGGCGGGAACCCGUUCGGGGGGGGUCCUAUAGCCCUAAGAAUUAGAUUGAUCGCCAGUACUCUAAUGGCAAGGCGCGGACUGCGAACUCGAAAGGUCGUGGGUUCGAAUCCGCCAUUCUACUACUGUCGUGAACCACUUCUAACACAAGCAUUUUAAGCUUACCAGAAGUGGUUAUAGGGAAUAUUAGUAAUGUUUAAUAGCAUUACUAGUAUUUUAAAAAAAAAGUAGUUUUCUCCGCGCUACUAGCGUUCGAGCUAGCCGUGGAACAGGUGUCUGAGCAUACUGGAAAAAAGUGUAAGGAAAAUUGGUUCAGACGCUUGAAACUUAGUGUUGAUGCUGGUAGAUAGUUUUUUUUUUAAAUAUUUAAUAAUAAAAACUUUAACCAUAGAACUCCUUUUAGUUUCGUAAAACUUUUUAGGUUACACUCAGAUACAAUACAUCAUACGACCUCCACAGCGUUUCUAUAGUAGGUAAACAAAAAUCAAUUUAAUACGUUCACUAGGUAGUUUAGCCUCCGUGAUUUUUACACAAAUUACUUUUCACUAGGCGAAUAUCAAAAGGGUCAAUAUAUUGUGACUAUAAAAUAAAAUAAAAACAAUAUUGCUAUUUUGGAGACCUACUAGCCACUCAACGUAAGUAUUAUUUACGCUAUACAUGAUGUGGAAAUUCAGGCUCGGACCGGUGAUACACGUCUGGUACUGUGAUUGUUAAUCUUAAAGAUGUUAAAAAUAAUCAGCUAAGACCAGCGUAAUAAAAUUAUAUGAUAUAUAGUUUGAAGAGCACCUCCUGCCCUCUUUCCAUUUCGUGCACCGUCCCCGUCACCAAUAAUCCCAGCACCACUACUCCGAACCGUGGUAGCUCAAGAGCUGUGGUAGCUCAGAUGGUUAGCGCUCGCUGUAAGCUUCACAGUACUCGAGCAACCCGGGUUCGAUCCCCGCCGGCACCAAUGAAAUUGUUAGUUGCAAUUUUAAGUGCUGAUUUACCACGUGCUCGGCGGUGAAGGAAAACAUCGUGAGGAAACCUGCAUGUCUGCGAAAUAAGAAAAAAAAAUAUUUUGAAGACAUGUGAAGUUCGCCAACACGCAUUGGGGCAGAGCAGUGAACAUUCCCUUGCCCUAAAACCCUCUCAGAAAUGAGAGGAGGCCUGUGCCCAGCAGUGGGACGUAAAUAGGUGGCAACUUUACUUUACUUUACUCCGAACACCACUACACUAGGAAAGACACACCACUGACGACAAUACCACACGUGUUUACACGAGGCAUCCUCAGGUGGUGCCUGACCGCUAAGAAUUUCUUAAUUUUUAACAUAUUUAAUAUGAUGGAUUUUGACUAAAUAUAACGCCUGAUUCUAUAGUCUAUUAAUAAUUAAAUGAUUAUAAGUCAGCUUAAAUCAAAAAAAGAAGAUCAGUAGACUUUUACCAGGAGACGAAGAAGCAGCAGCAUAACUAUUUAAUUUCCUUUUCGUUAUCUAUUCCAGGUAUAUUUCGUUAACACUAACGAAGUAUGCAGUAAUGAACCAGAUCUACAUUUUCUUCCUUCAUAUCAUACCCGCCGCUUUGGUGGACGGGCUCGCCGUUUGCGUCGGGAAGAAACCCAAAAUGCUGAAGGUGUACAGUAAGAUACACAAGUUCUCAUCGGUGAUCAGCUAUUUCUGCACGCGGGAAAUCAAGUUCUGUAACCGGCGGUCUAGAGAGCUUUGGGAGCAGACUUCGGAUACGGAUAAACAACUCUUUCCAUUCAGCAUGCGCGAAAUAGAUUGGCGGGAUUAUUUCAAUAACUACCUGGCCGGCAUCAGACGGUACCUGUUCAAAGAAAGUGAUGAUACACUUCCGAGGGCCAGGAUCAAAUGGAAAAGAUUAUACUAUCUCCAUCAGAUAGUUCGAAUCAUUUUCUUCACCUUCGCGCUGUACGCCUUAUGGUCCAUCUUAGCACUUAUUUGCUGACUUUUAUAAUUUGUAAAUGUACACAUAAUAAUGCUGACGUUCAGAAUGUGAACAACCUGAAGAGAAUCGAUUUGAUUGUUUUUUUAAUUGAUUUUGAUUUUAAUAUGGCGGGAUUUUGUAAACAAAUGCGACAACCACAGAUAAUUGGAAGUAAAGACUAGAAAUGAGUUGGAGGGGGGGUGACUCAAACUUUAGGUCUAGUCAGUUUGAAUAGCCUAUCACGUAGAGGAUGUCAUGGGGGUCAUGGUUUAAUAGUGCCAAAAAGUUCUCAUUACACUCCUAGGGGGUCAAAAUGGCCAAAAACCAAAUUAUUUCGGCUAUAACUCCGCCUCCUUCGGAGGUUCUUACAGUCUUUACUUCCCGCAGUUAAGCCUUAGUUUUUAAUUGGGCAUUGUCAAUGAUGUAAUGACAAAUAUACCAAACAGGAGAAUAUUAUAUAAUAUAUAAUAUUUACUUAUAUAAAAAUGUAUAUUUUAGAAAUAGGUAUGUGAUGUUCGGGUUUUAAAAUUAUGACGUAAUUAUUAGUUAGUAUUUAUAUAUAAGGCUCAAUGUUAUUAUAAUAAUAUAAUUUGGUGUUUAUUUUUUACAAAUAUACGCACCCAAAGUAACACAAAAAUGUUACCAAAUUAUUGUAAAUAGUCUAUAUUAUGUAGUUCUAUAGGUAAUUUUAGAGAAAAAACUAUCUUUUGCAAUUUAAAAAGUUUUACUUGACAAUAAAAUUUUAUUAUACACC